AUGGCAUCUCUGGCCGGCGAUAAAGAUACUGGCGCGAAACGAUCUCACGAUGGCCCCGAGCCCGACCAUCACAACACGAAGAAGCGAAGGAGAGUUCACCAUGCGCUGCGCGAUCCCUAUCAGCGCCCACCACAUGUCGAGCCGGCGAUGCAAGAUCCGGUGUUCGCGCAAGGACAGCUGCUGCGGAGUAUAGGUGCCGCCCUCGUCAUGGUCGGCUUUGACAGUGUCAAGCCAUCGGCCAUGGAGAUGUUUCGAUCACAUGUGGAGGAGUAUAUGCUCGACAUCUUGUCACACAUCCGCCAUUCAAUGCAUGACCAGCGCCGAACAAAGCCUACCGCCUACGACUACGCCAUCUCGCUUGCAAAGAUGCCCAACGCGGCUGCUGCGUCACAACUACUUCCACAACUCGGACUGCAAGUCCCACCCGCGCUCGCGUUUCCUACGACAUCAGAUCCUCCGCCGCCCGUGCCCGCACCUCCCGAUCUCUCAAAACUCCUGGAACCUCUCAUGACGCGACAACCGCCCUCCUACAUUCCCAAACAUUUCCCCGCGUUACCACCUCGACACGCCUGGGAGAGCACCGACGUCUUCUCCGAGAGGGAGAAGGACGCGCGUAAGAUGCGCGAGAAGGCUACCGAGGAAGGCAUGAUGGCGGAACAGGCGUUGAGGAAACUCGCAGCAGCCGCCAAGGCGGGAGCCAUGAAGGCGGAGCGGAAACGAAGCGAAAAACUCGCGGCGCAGGGAUCGUCGUUGCGUGGCUCCGCGCGUGGGAGGGGACGGGUGCGGGCGAAGGAGGACACCUUCGCAGAGGUCCUCAAAGACCUGGGUGAUACCGACGAAGCCGGAGGAAUGGAUUUAGGUAUGCCCGAGGGCGUCAUCGUCAAUCAUAACAUGGCGCAUUGGCGGAAGGGAGGGCAUCGACAGAGUCUGCAUGGCUUUGUUUGA